UUAGUCAGUUUGAGUUAAGCCUCCGCCGCAGUGGUGUCUCUGAUUUUAAGCCUUAUCAAUGGAAUAGAAGGCCGAUAUUGUAAUAGGAGGAAAACAAAUGGAAUAUUAGGUGAUAUGGAAACGGAAUAACGAUAAAGCGAAUGUGUAAAUAUACAUAAUUUUUACUUAGUACGUUCCUGGAUAUUAAUGGCAGUGAUUGGAUUUCGUAAUUUUGUAUUGACAAAGUAAUUGAAACACUAUUUUUAAAGGUGUUCAUGGAUUUUAGUCUCAAUUAGGAAAAGUAAGUGAAGAAUUCCGAGCAAGAUGACAAUUAGACCACUUUCUGCAGCUCUUCAGCAGAGAGCCAACGAGGAGAUCAAUGAAAACUCUAAAAGGAUAGACUCGGAUAUAACAGCACUCAGGAACUGGUUAACUAAACAACCACAUUUGCACACGGUACAGCCUUCUGAUCAAUGGCUUAUCGCAUUUCUUCGUGGGAGUAAAUUUAGCAUUGAGAGAAGUAAAGAAAAAUUUGACAUGUUUUAUACUCUAAAGUCACUUGUUCCCGAGUUUUUCUCAAAUACAGACCCACUUGAUACUAGAGUUCAAGAGAUCCUUAAACUGGGGGUUUUCUUGCCCCUAAGAAAAUGUGAGAGCGAAGAUUCUUUCCGUACCAGUAUAAUUAGGAUCGGUGUGUUCAAUCCAUCCCAAUAUCACCUUUCAGAUUUGAUAAAAGUUUCUUUUAUGGUUACCGAGAUUUUAAUGCUAGAAGAUGACAACUUUACCGUAGCCGGUGAGCAAGUCAUCAUUGAUAUGAAGGACGUAGGUGUAGGUAUCUUAAGCCAAUGGACACCAGCGCUAGCCAAAAAAGCUAUAGCUUGUUUUGAAAAGGCGCUUCCAGUACGAGUUAGAGGAAAUCAUAUUUUAAAUACACCAUCUGGAUUUGAGACGGCUUUCGCUAUUCUAAAAACUUUCUUAGGAGAAAAAUUAAAGAAAAGAAUUCAAGUCCACAAUCAAAAUUACAAUAAUAUGUACAAAUCUAUCCCCAAAUCGGUGCUUCCAAAAGAGUAUGGUGGCGAUGAUGGCACUGUUCAAGAACUUACAGAUCAUUGGAAAGCUAAAGUGGAAAGCUACCGCGAUUGGUUUUUAAAAGAAGAGAGUGUGUUUUCUGAUGAAUCGAAAAGGCCUGGGAAACCGAAGACUAGCUCGGAAUUGUUUGGAGUUGAAGGGUCUUUUAGAAAAUUGGAAGUCGAUUAAAAUAAUCUCGUUUCUUUUUCUACCUAUACCUCUAUUUAAUUCUUACCCAUAAUCUGAAAUUGUUAACAAUGCAUUCGACUUAUUAUACCUGUAUACAUACAUAUAUAUUUCACAAUAUACAAUGCAUAUUAAAACGAAUCAUUAAUAAUAUUUGGCUUAAGCAAGCACUGUCUAAAAUUGAGUAAAUAAUUUAAUUUAUUGUUUAAAUAAUUUUAAGAUGUACAUCAACAUCUAUUUUUUAUUUAAUCAUCAAUUUGUUUAUAUGUCUACUGCACUUAGUACGAUUAUAAUAUACAAUAGACAUAUACCUCUAAGGGAGUUUCAUUAAUAAAUAGUUCUAGUAAUAAUAGGACUAUAUGAGUAUACUGAAGGAGACAAACUGAGACAAGCAUACGCAUUAUCAUUAUAUUGUAUAGUAAUCGUAUACACCAUAAAAAUAUAUAUCGAAUGAGGAAUCACUUUAUUAUUAAUUUAUUCUGCUUUAAAAACAAUAAAAUU